AUGGAUGGUCGAGGCCAUAAGGAGCUGUUGGCAGUUCCUGGGACAUGGAUCCAGGGAACUAGUAAAGGAAAGACAUUUGAAAAUGCCUUCUCCACUAUCAUGAAGAAAAUUGAAUUUCUAACUAACGAAAGUGUUAAUGCAAAUCUCGAUCGUUUGGAUAGGCUAGAAAACGCAGUAUGUACUAUUUCAGCCAAACUAGACAUACUAACGGACAAAACAAUAGUUCCAACAACUUUGCGCCGUGUGAAAAACAACAUAGGGUUCGAAAUGAUUACCAAAGAACAAGAAUUAGGCAUGUUUGAAAGCAAUUUAAAUGAUGUUAAAUAUUUUAAUGAAAUUUCUGCUUGGUUGGAAGACAAUAUUUUUGAAAACACUCCCGAGAACCGUAUGAUAGAAAUUUUAGACUUGCUUUUUUCUAAACAAUUUUUACCAAAAUGCAGUUGGACAGGUAUUAGUAAGGGUGGAGAAAAGCUGUCAAUGAUGACGUAUAGAAAUAUUCUCGAAGUAGUGAGAGUUCAUGGUAGCACGAGCGAUGUUUCAAUAACAAAAAAAGAUAUAGCGCGGUUUUUUAUGAAAAAAUUGAAAAAUGCGGCAAAACGAGCUGCAACUAAAGGUUUACGUAAAAGCACACAGCAUAAAUUUAAUUAA